GCCAGUUCAACUGGUGCUUGCUCUUGUCUAGACUUUGCAUCAUUCAUAAAAACGGUCUUGGUGAAGAGUGAUUGUGCGUCUCAGGUGCCGGCCAUCCUCAUUCUCAUCCGCACAUAUACGGCUUACGCACGGUUCGCCAUGUCUGUAACAAUCCACCUGGACCGGCCUCACAAGCACUUCACUAACCUCGACGUUCUCGUUGGGAAAGUGGUGCUCACCCUACCCUCCGAAGCUGCUAUAGGAGGGAUACAAGUGAAGCUUGAGGGCGAGAGUCGAACACGUCUUGCAGGUCCGCGAUAUCCGCAUCAUGAGCAGUCGGACAAAAAGCGGACAGAGAUCGAGGUUCACAAGCUCCUGUAUAAGGUUGCUACCGUCUUUCCCACCCCCGAAGUUUUCAACUCGAAGACCCCCGAAAGGGUCUAUACGUUCGCCAAAGGGACCUACGAAUAUCCGUUCAAGUUCAAGUUCCCGUUCAACAAUGCCUGCAAUUUCCAAAAUAGCAUGCUCACCAACCUCAACAUCACCGGCCUCAAGGUGGAGGUGGCGAAGGAUACUCAUCGCCAUGUGAAGAAAACGCUUCCACCGUCUCUCAGUGGGUUUCCCGGAAUGGCCGAUAUCAAGUACUACGUGAAAGCCACGGUCAUCCGUCCACAAUUCUACAAGGAGAAUAUCAGAGGGAUCACCAACCUGAAUUUUCUACCAAUCGAGCCCCCGCGAACAGGGAAUCCAAGCGAAGAGACGUACGCCAGACGCCAACAUCAAUUCUCGGAUCUCCCUCCCGUCUCCAAGAAGAAAGGUCUUUUUCAGAAAAUGUCAAGCAGUUCUCUCCAAGAAAGCGCCAGCAACGGUCCUCGUGUGUCCGCAGAUUUGAGAUUACCCAACCCUUCGAUACUCACCUGUAAUGAACCUAUACCGAUGCGAAUCAUUGUCAAGAAAUUGUCUGAAUCAUACGAAACCAUCUUCUUGCAGAUGUUACAAGUUGAACUAAUUUCAUAUACACACAUUAUCGCCCAUGACCUCAAGCGGACAGAGAGUGGCACCUGGGUCAUGUUGAGCUGCAGCAACAUGGCUAUACCUCUAGGAAGAGGGGGAGACCCUGCUGAGACCGAAUGGACCUUGGAUGCUAACAUGUGGAACCGCAUACCGCUUCCCAGCACUGUAGCUCCAUCAUUUGAAACGUGCAAUGUCUCCAGAACCUACGAACUUGAAGUUCGUGUGGGUCUCACGCAUGGAUCAGUCGGAAACAUGAAACCUCAGCUUAUCGUACUUCCGUUGCGCAUGCCUGUCAAAGUCUUCUCCGGCAUUGCACCUCCACAAGCACUCUUGGAAGCUAUAGCUGCAAAUGGGAACGUUAAGCCGACUGUGUCCACCUCAACCCGACCUUCAGGUGAUGGUCUGCCUCCACCAAUGCCUCCUCGGCCCACCCGGCCACCCGCGCCUAGCAACCCAGAAGAUGGCUACGACGAUGCACCUCCGAGCUACGAAGACGCGAUGGCUGAUACUCUCAGCCCAAUUGAUGGCCCUCGUAGAGAGUAUAACCCACCAAGCGCCUCCUCCGAAAGAUCGUUUGAAUCUGGCGCUGAUGCAAGAUCUCCAGUUGGAAAGGCACCUGAGGCAUCGGCACUGUACGGCAAUGAGGGGGCCAAUUCCUCUGCGGAAACCCUCGAUAUGCUGCCUUCAACCCCUCCAGAGUCCCGGUCUGGAUCACCCGUCUCUCUUGUUUCCCGCCAGCAAAGCGUACUCAAAAUACACAAGGCCAUUCCUCUAGAGGAGAGCCCUCCGCAAUACCAGGCAACAGCGGACAGUCAACCCCAGACAUCUAGCAGCCAGGCCGAUCACAGACCAUUCCGACCAGAGCACCGCACCAUGAAUCUGGGAGUACCUAAUCGGAAGCCAGUUCCUCGUAGUCCAAAUCGGGAUGUCUAAGGUCCAGUGUGGCUCUACUCCCAACAAGAGUAUCAUGCUAUCAUGUCUCUUCAAUCGAUCUCGGGGUCAUUCUUGACUCUUUGAAAAUAACUUUUGAGCUCGCAGGAUGAAUUCAGUCCACUACGUAUCUCUAAUACUCAGCGAUUACACUCUGUUUGCAGCUUCUCUGGUGCCAAUUCUCUGAACGUGCAACCAACACAUACUACCUGCUAUAUAUUGGAAGCUAUGCAAUGCAAAUACCCCCUAUUUUUUACAAGCAUAGAUAUGUAUUUCUGUAUAAAAGACUCAAAAAUACAAUUCUG